CCACCCCGUUACCGGCUGCUAUAUAUCCUCCUCGUUUGUUUCCUAUUGGUGGAACCGGUCCCUAUGCUGGACCCGGUCCUUAUGGACCCGGUCCUUAUGCUGGACCCGGUCCUUAUGACG